GCACGCAACAUGAGGUCGGCCUGACGCGAUGUAGCGCCAUGCCGACUUGGCAAUUCCCUAUCUUACUAACUUCUCUUAGUUGAUGCUCAGUCAGACCCUCUUUAUACUUUGCUUGCGCUGAACGGCGCCGUGGGUGUUGCAGAACCGCAUCCAUGGCCACCCAGGACGACGCAGACGAGCGACAACCACUUCUUCGAUCCGAAGACGAUGAAGGACCACAGGCUGCUGCCGCGCCGAGCAAAGCUCGGACACCUCUUCCUAAGGCUCAGCUUGCGACCGUCUUCUUCAUAAAGCUCUUGCUUCCUGUUGCUUCAACGCAGAUAGCCCCUUAUCUCAACCUCAUGAUGGAGACAUUCCCAGGAAGUAGCAAGGAGAAAGUGGGCUACUAUAGUGGGCUGGUCAGCAGCACUCAUUCCCUCGCUCACAUGCUGAGCAUAUAUCCGUGGUCACACCUUUCGGAUCGCGUCGGUCGUCUGCCGGUUCUCUUUAUCGGGACCAUAGGACUUGCAGUCUUCACAACAUUAUUCGGGCUAUCGAACAGUCUUACUGGGGUUCUCAUUACCCGUUUCCUAUGUGGAAUCUUCUCUGGCACUACGGGAGCUAUUCAUUCGGUUGUGGGUGAACUGACAGAUACCACAAAUCAAGGAAUAGCGUUUCCAUUGUACGAUAUUGUUGCAGCUGUUGGAUUUGUGAUAGGACCUCUCAUUGGCGGCAAUCUCGCUAAUCCUACGAAACAUCCAUCAUGGCCGUGGCCGCCCGCUAAGCAAUCGCCUACUCAAAUGGCGAUGCCGUCGUUUUCACCAUUCCCCAUCAAUCCUCUGACGUCACCGUCAGGUAUCACAGAGCUCUUUGAAGAGUAUCCGUACCUCCUACCAUGUCUUACGACGUCAGCGUUAGCUGUCACAGCAGCCAUCUUGGGGUUGAUCUUUCUAGAUGAGACACUCCCUACGAAGCGGAAGAAGGUCGACCAAGCUCAAGUAGAAACAAGUGUGGUGGAACCUUCCGGUGUUUCAACUGAAUCUGAACCCGAACCUGAGAGGCCUUUGCCCCUUCGGAAGCUCUUCCAGAUUCCGCUCAUCCUCUCGAUCUGCCUUUCAUCAUUUGUUCUGGGCGGUGUCGCUGCAGCGUUUAACGUCGUAAUCGUGCUCGUCGCCUACACGGAUAUGAAUCAUGGUGGUUUAGGUUUGGAUCCUCGACGAAUUGGUCAUGCAUUAUCUCUCAUGGGCUUUAUUUCAAUCUUCCUCAAACUCAGCUUAACGCGUAUUCUCAAACCUUCUGGCACCCCUGUAUCCUCGCUCAAAUCAAAUUUGAAACCUCAUUUUGAAGACAAAGCUACAGAUAUCUGGAUAUUCGCCAUGCGCACUUGGCCGAUCACAUUCAUCGGAUUCAUAGUCCUGCAUCUAGUGGCCAAAUGGCUCGGUGCUGAUGACGGACAUGAGGAGGGCGGAAUUAGUGCUGUAAUGUGGUUUGCCGUUUCCAUCGUACUGUUCCUGAGUCGAUUGGGAUGUCUCGGAUUCACUAUUAUCAUGAUUCUCGCCCGUGAUGCAGCACCUAACUCGAGUUCACUCGGUGCCACGAACGGGUUGAUGGAGUUUGCUCAGCUGAUAGGGAUUACAGGCGCGCCUGUCGUUGUCAGCUCAUUGUUUGCGUUCUCCAUCACACAUGACGCUCUCGGCGGAUACUUGUGGGUACUCUUCUGCGUCAUCAGUUCUGCAAUAGGUGCAGUUCUUGCUGCUCAGGUUCGCAAAUACCGGCAGGCUUCUUUCAACUCUCUAUCUCUUCGUGAUCGCGCUUCUUGAGGUCUACAGGUAUCGUUUUUACAGUCAGGGACAUUGUUCCACUAGACACGAGCGUAUCAGGUUUGUAAUUUUGUACUCUACUCUGUAUAUUGGAUGUGUAUUCUAGACGGAUUUCUUGGACUAUAUCUGGCUUUCCUUGUGUGCUUGCGCUUACAGGAAAUAAAAAUUACGGGCGUUUCCUCGGAUAAACUCUUCGCACAGCUUCGAAUGUGGAUGUCUUUACCGAAU